AAAACCUUUAAUUUGAGAGGGAGAAUAAGCACGCUGAAGUAAAGCAACCGGACAAUCAGAAUUUCCGUCCACAUAUUCUAGUGAGUGCUAGUGGAUAGUGCUUCAAAGUUGGUUGGUCGUGUAUGUCCGAACUCGCGACCAGUGGCGUUUGAUUACGUAUAGCGCCUUCGCAUGUAACGGUCAAUCUUAAGAAGUGUUAAGUCGGUCACAUCCUUUCAUAUAGUUCAUCAGUGACUUAAUUUGAAAAAAUGCUGUUCUUCAGGAAAUUGCAUUAUUCCUGUGAAAAUUAACUACAAGAUUUUUUAUUUGCUGUUGUCUUACAAGUUGCUAAGAAAGUCGAGGGCGGCAUGCCUGCCCUGCGCCUUUUUGGCAGGAAAUGGUUAGCCGCAUCGGACGACCUCGUUUUUCCAGGACUCUUCGAAAUUAGCCUCAGGAUAUUAUGGUUGGCGCUACUGGUAUGUGUUUACAUCAAAUUUUAUGACGACACUUGGAAAUGUUCAAAAGGUGGAGAUUUUGUACGGACCUUCUUUAUAGGAAUGAUGGUUCUGUGGUCAACUGUCAUUGUAGUCCUUAUGGCAUUGGUGAACCAGAGUGCCAAGGGCGCCAUAACAGACGUGGAAGCCCGAAAAUUCGUACCGCCGAUACUCUUGGUCAAGUUGUUCCUUAUUUUGCCAGAAGUGGUCCUCAACGUUUUUGGGACCAUGUGGGCUUUUUGCCGAGACACCGUCGAAUGCCCUUAUGAAGGAAACUUUUCUAGAACCGUCGUCGAAGCCUUGGUCAUCUUUAACUGGGUCCUUUUUGGCCUAGCAAUUUUUGGCCUUGUAAUGGUAUUUGACCCGUUGGGCUCCAAAAGGUACCACGAAGUUCAAGAAACACCAAGCGCGGGCGAAUCAUUGCGCCACAGAAAAAGUACCAGCAUAUGGAAGCGACGUUUCCGUUGGGCCUUUUGUUGGGUGCGUUCAGACGAACAUGGGCAUGAGGCAUUUCAACAGGUUGCUGCCUUACUCAGCGCACUGUUUCGCAGUACUGACCUGGUACCAUCUGACGUUCUAGCUGGUUGCGUCUUAUUGCGUAUUAAACAAAAGCGAGAAACGCGCGAAAUGCGACGAAUUUACAUGUUGUCCGAUGACGAACCCAAGUAUUCAACAGACAUAAAUAAGGUAUUUUCCAUUGCUCCACGAUGGAUGAACCUGGAAAACGCUCGCCAUUUUCUUCGAUUAUCCAUGGCCGCUUAUGGAUGGCCUUUUGUCAUGUACUUACAUUGCACUACUGGACUGUUCCGGAUACUCAACAAUGUAGCCUGUUGUUCGUGUUUUGGUCAACCCCGAUAUACUUUGGUUGUCGAUGACAAUUGUUGCUUCUGUCACUUGGCCGGAGUUAAAUACAUAUCGAAAAUUGACGAGGAAGAUAUAUUGUUUGCUUCGUUUAGGAAUCAUGUAUUUGAGCUGCCAUUCUGUGUCAUAGCAGAUCAUAAAACAGCCAACAUAGUAGUAGCAAUAAGAGGAUCAAUAUCGCUUCGUGAUAUUUUUACUGACCUGACAGCAGAUUCUGACAAAUUUGAGGCUGAUGGUCUCCCUGAGGAUACUAUGGCUCACAAGGGUAUGAUAGCUGGGGCUAUAUAUAUUGCCAAAAAACUUAAAGAGGUUGCUAUAUUGGAAAAAGCCUUAUCUAUGUAUUCUUCUUAUGGAUUGGUAUUGACUGGUCAUAGCUUAGGAGCCGGAGUUGCUUGCCUUUUGGGAUUCAAAAUCAGACCCAAAUACCCAGAUCUCAAAGUAUAUGCUUUCGGUACUCCCGCUGGGCUAUUGAGUCGAGAAGCAGCCAGAUUAUCAGAAAGCUUCGUUUUUACUGUAGGGGUUGGAGACGACUUUGUAAUGAGGCUUGGAGUGGAUAGCAUUGAAAACCUUCGCACUGGAAUCAUCCAGACUCUACAUGCUAGUAGAUUACCGAAGUAUCGAAUUCUACUUAAUGGAUUGGGCUACACACUGUUUGGUGUACCUCCCCGUGAUUUAGAAUCUACAUGGAGGGAUGAUACGUUUCCAGAGCCGAAUCGAUCGCCAUUAUUGCAUGCCAGGAAUAUCCCAACUGUUGCAGCAUCAACGGAAGCUGCUCUUUUAUCCAGGGACCUCAGCGUUCGAAGAUUUUCGAAAAUAAGGCUUUAUACAGCUGGUAGAAUUUUGCAUAUUGUUAGCAGAAAGAAAACUAAAGCAGAGCGAAAAUCUGGUACAGGUGGCCCUGACUAUGAAAUGCGUUGGGCGACUGCUGAAGAUUUCAUGGAGCUUAAAGUUAUGCCGAGGAUGUUACUAGAUCACUUGCCAGAUAAUGUGUAUAAUGUUUUAGACACGAUUUUAAGGGAACUGAAAGAUAAUGUUAGUGAGAUAAUUUGAACAAAUUGAAUAAGUAUUAUUAGUAAUAUUUUAUUAUAUACUCUCAACAUUAUCAACAGUUUUAACUGUAAUUAUUUAUAUUUAAUUGUAUUUGGGGCCGGUUUAUUCACGUUCUGAUAAACUGUCAGGUAUGCAAUCUGACAGAUAAAAACGCUAUCUGUAAUCUCAUUGGUCGGUCAACGUCAAUAUAGAACGGUAAAUUUAUCUUGCAGAUAAGUACCAGCUAGUUUAUCUGAAGAUGAAUAAACCGGGCCUUAUAGUUUUUAUUUAAAGGAAUUAUUUGCUCAGAAAAAAAAAGAAAAAUUAGACACAAUUUUUUUAAAAAAAUUCUAUAAACGUUUACAAAUUUUGAGGAAACCGUUUUUUAAAUUCUAUGGUCUAUGAAAAUAACAUGAAAAUGUUCAAUUUGGCAACAAUUGGUUAUUGUGGAUAGUUUUGUUAAUUUCUAAUUUGGGGCAUUUUGAUGUCGGGAGAUAAUAGAAACCACAUGGUUCGGAGAAAUAAAAAAAAAACUUAGGCGAGAAUUUAGGGGGCUGGUAACUUCGAAAGGCGGUCCAUUUACCAAAAAUAAAACAUAAGGGUCCCCUACUUUUUUUUAACAAUCUUUAAACAAAAUUUGUUUUCUUUAUUUCCGGACACCCUGUACAAGUAGAUUUUAUGUUUUUUGGACGCUUGCUACAUUUGCAAAUAGAGGCAAAGCCGAGAUUAUUGCAAGUUGCAUAAGUCCAAAAUAUUGUUUUUGGCUGCGUGCCACACGUACAUAGGUAUAUAUUUUAUUAUCUCAGAAUCUCAAAAUACACAACAUGAGAAAUCAACCGAACUAUUUGAUGUUUGAUACUUUUAUUUUAGCUUUGAAAAAUUGUUUUGAACAUUAAGAAUUUUUUCAGAAAUAAGUUGGUAUAACUUUCGAAAAUUAUUUUAAGCUCAAUGUCGCAAACUAAAAACAAAUUAUUACUCAUUGCUUUUUUUGUAAAUAUGUAGAACUGUGUUUAAAGAAAAUUAUAUAUGUGUUUUUAUGUGACUUACCUAAUUGUAUUGACUGAUAUUAUAAAGCUUUUGUCU